AUGGAAGAAAGAGACCUAGAGACACAGCAACUUUUGAACCAACCUGCUGCACCUGAAAAUGAUAUCAGGCAAAGAGCUCUCAUACGGGAGAGAACGAAAAAGAGUGUAAUAGUCUCAUGUUUCUUUUUGGGGAUUAUCAUCUUAACAUCCUUCUAUAUAUUCAUAAAAUCGAAUAUACCCCCUAAUGAUGUGAUUCAGCAAAGUAUUUUUGACAUCUCCCAAGUUGAGGUCAAUAGAGUAAGUCUAGACGGUUGGACAGAUGGGGGAGAUGCUUUAAAUAAUGAUGGAGGAAAGUUUUUACAGAUUUCUGCUUUUACUAAUAUCACACUGAAUUAUGAUAAAUGGAACUCUAAAAACUAUACUUCGGAAUUAACUGAUUUCCAAAAAAAAUCGUUAAGAAAUAUUAAUGAGCACGUAAUUAAAGAAUUAUGUAUUGAUUUUGAAAACAUUUCCACAUACAACGGUAUGAACGAGGAAUCGAAGGAAUUAGGUACGAUUUUCUUAAAGGACACAAUUUGCAUCAAUGUGAGGAAUAACAUCACAACUCCUAUCAAGAUAACUUUAUUAUUGAAGCCCAACACGAAAAAUAUUGUCGAUGUGCUGAAAAAAAUAUGGAAGAAAGAUUACGACCAUUUAAAUAUUUGGUCUGAUAUGUCACUCAAAUUGUCUAAAAAGAGCUAUUUACUAUUUGGUGCUAAUUUAAGAUUCUAUACAUUGGAUAAUAUUAAACUUAAUUGGCAAAAAUUUAUUAAUUGGAAAAAGAAUGAAGAAGGCGCUGAUCAGCUUAGGCAUCUCUUUGACAACAUAACUAUAAACAGCAUUAGAGUAACUGAUUCAGAAACUGGUUUUGAUGCGGAUUUUACAGCAGAAAUACCUACCUUUAUAGAUUAUUCUAAAUUAAUCGAAAUACCCCGAAACAUGAAGUUGCCAAAGUUGAAAUGGCAAUUAAAAUUACCAAAUUGUAAUGGUGUCUUUGAUAUUUCCCUUCAUAAUAUAGAUCUGUUAACUAACUCAUUCCCUAUACGAAAUGUGGAAAAAAUUAAAAUUGGAGGAUCUGCUAGUAUUUUUGACUUCUUUCCAAAUGAAUUAAUGAACGACAUUUGCUGGUACAAUGAUGAAAAUAUACAAACCCCAAUGUCAAGGUUAAUUGAUAAACUUCUAAACUCUACUGAACUAAUAACAAUCCAGACUAAACCAUCCCUAGUAGAAGAUGAAAAUUGUCAGAAUUGCCUUAUACCUGGACAAAUUAUGAAAGAAGCUUUUGAUGUAUUUCCAUUCUUGCCCGUUAAGGCUAACAUAACGGCAAACUUUGAUAAGCUAGUUGACAAUUUUACAAUAGAGGACUUAAAGAUAAAAUGGAUAAAUACUGAUUCAGGACAGAGGAAGUUAUCCAUGGUAGGAAAACUAAUAGGUUUACUGAAUUUAUCUUUUUAUCAGACCUCUGGCCAAAAAAUAUCUGUUCAAAAUUUAAAAGGUAAUAUUUCACUAUAUCAUAAUGAGAUACAUUUCUUGUCACUUCCAAUGAAAGUUUGGCACAAUGCUACAUCUGAAAUCAUCCAUGACAUAAACGAUGGGCAUAGUUUAAUGAAGUUAUAUUUAGAAUUGCCUAAUGAUGAAAUCGAAAUUAUUAAUAAAUGGGAGCUAACAAAAUUCCUGAACGAAAUAAUGUUUGGGGGAAGUUCUUUAGUGCACGCUAUAAUGGAUUUGGAUGUGAAUAUUAAAACGAUUGUUGGAGAAAUUGUUUUAUUUGGAGUAAAAACUGAAAAUGAUGUAAUAGUUAGGUGA